AUGGAAAGGGUAUUUGAGCAAUUAGAGUGUUCAGACGCUGCCAAAUUUAAGUAUGUUGUCUCACUUUUACAAAAAGAUGCUAAUGCCUGGUGGGUUAGUGUACCAAAUGCCAAGGCAAAACUUCUUCUUCUUACUUGGAAUGAUUUUGUGAAAAACUUUCAUAUGAAGUAUGUCCCAGCUGCUUAUCAUGAUGCAAAGACAAAUGAGUUCUUCAAUGUAGAGCAAGGGAGUAUGUCUAUUGCUGAAUUUCAACAGAUGUUUCUCAGGCUUUCUCGUUAUGCUGGUGGUAUUAUUAAUAACAAAAAAGAUAAGUGCAAGCGAUUCAAAGACGGUUUGAAAAAUUCCAUCAGAAAAUCUGUGGUGGUCUUACAACGUGAGAACUUUUGUAAAUUAGUUUCUGCUGCUGUUACUUGGGAAAGGUUCGACAAGGAACAAACUAGUGGAAAUGAAAACAAGUUUAGAAAAGCUAAUGCAGAUUUAGGAGGUCCAUCUAGAAGGGGAAGGUUUGACAAUUCCAAAGCUGGUAGUGUUCACAAGUCAGCUCGGCAUAAGCAAAAUAGAUCAAAUUUCUCUACUACUAGCACUCCAAGCUAUGGCCAAGGCAAGACUCGUAUACCCACUUGUGCACAAUGUGGAAAGAAUCACUCUGGUACUUGUAAGAGAGCUUCUGGUGCUUGUUUUAAUCAUGGGAGCUUCGAUCAUAAAGUGAAGGAUUGUCCUAAUCCUAACCCUAUUUCCUAUCCGCGUACGGAAGGCUCAGUUCAGAAACCUAUUACAUUCUUUCUCAAGGGAAUAGAGGUGCAAGAUCUAGAAACAUGCAAGCAACAAGUGCAGGUGGAGCUAAUCAAGCUAGUGGGUCAAAAGCUACAACAUGAGCUUAUGCUAUGA